AUGCAGCAACCCCAUGAAGAAGGCCAAGACUCGGAGAACAUCAUUGUCGAUUCCGACGCCAUCGAUAGCUGCUACAGCAGUUGGGAGAAUCACGACGACUCUCCUCUGUUCUACCGGGUAUCCCUAAGCUUGUCGUUCCCCCGAUCCGUCGCCGAUUCUAUUACCCGCCACGUCGCGCUGUGCUUCCAUGACGAUUGGCUUUUAACACCAUUGUCUUUGUCGGCGUCCGCAUCCGAAACAACCUCCCACACUGUACACUUUUACUGCAAAAACCAAGUCUCCCUAUGCUCAGAGCUCAACGACGACGACGACGAUGUUACCGACGAAGAUGGCAAUCCCUACCACGCCGACGGCUGCGGUCGCUCCUUCACGGUCGAUACUAUACAUCUCCCCGCUUACACCACCUCCAGUCCGUCCGAGCUGUCGUCCAAACCAGAGGUGGUGCAGAUUCCGCAGGAGGAGCUGUCCUUGCGGCGCGGUCCAAUGCUGAGGGUGGUCCUUGUCAUGGUGAUGACACUCUUGAUGGCGGGUUUCUUGCUAUGCACUGUUCAUCAUCCUCAGUCUGUCUUCUCCUUCGACGCCUACGGUUCGUCGCCGUCUCGUUAUCGCUCCCGCACCCGAAUGCUCGAUACGCGCCAUAUGCUCUCUCACAUCGAGUCCAUUUCUCUCAGCCUCCUCCCUCUUCGCUUCCACCAUCAUGACCUCAAAGGAAACCCCUGUGAUAUCUGGUGGCCCGCAGACCAGCUCCUAUCAUACUCCCUGGUCACAUCUAAGUUGUCUAAUCUCGCCCGUCACGUUCGUUCUACAACAACCUCAUCUGUUACGUCGACCAGAUCCCUCGACGCAUUCAAGAACCUAGCCGACAACGCACGCGAUGCAGCCGUUCUGCUGCAAGCCCUGUCCCGCACCGAUCACACGACGUGGGAAUCCGACCUCAUCCUUCUACUCGUCAAUGUGCGCGAUGACCUCGACUCUAUGCCGACACCGAAACCGACACCAAGAUUCACCACCACCACAUACGAUCGAUAUAAUACAAGUGCUAGUGCCCUGGCUCAGUCGUUUCUUGGCUACCUCAAAUCUUCUCGCAAGAACGUGGAGGCUUGGAUGCGCCAACUAACAGCCUUGGAGCACCAUCUCCACAAGUCCCAGCUACUUGAGGGCGCCGUCAUUCACAUGCUAGUAGACAUGUCACACAACGAGGUCGUCUCUCCGGGCCAUAUAACCCCGAAGGAUGGCGAUAGCGGCAGCGGCAGCCCCUGGUGGAGUGAAGACAUAGUGUUUUACGUAAAGCUUCUUUCACAGGAACUAGCACCUCGCCGCGAUGCUGUUCGCGGGCUAGUCAACGAGGCCUUGAUGACUCUCGAGUCGGCACGCGAGACUGUGGGAACGUCACUAGAUUGGCUUGCUAAGACGGCGGUCCAGGCGGAUGAUGGGAAACCGUGCGAUGGAGCGGCGUACUGUGAGUUUCCCUCAUCGGAAGCCUUGACAGCCCAUAUCAUGCACGCACAGCGUCGUUUGCGGGAGCUGGAAUCGGCUGCUGCGGCCCGGGAUGCUGGAGCGAAGCAUGUACGCCACCAUAUUACCGUUGAUCCUCCUCUUCGACGCCGCCUCUUUGAGCUGGACCGCGCCGCCAAAUAUCAGUGGGCUUGGGUAAGCGCCAUCUGGCCUAUGGGCGACGGAUCGGGUGCACAAGCCGGAGCAGAAGAUGGAGGGGAGCACGAACCAGGGAAACCAAAAGCUGGAAGUAGUGUCAGUCUCUGCCACCGCGACGUCGCCCAUCAUGGAGAGUGGGUUACGUCAACGGUGACAACCAGGAGGGCAGCCGAGAGAUCGGCUACCGCUCAGCCUCAGAAAUGA